AUGAAGCACCUCACAAAAUCUAUUCUCCUGGGACAAGUCGUCCUUCAGGGCACCAUCGCCACACCAUGGUUCGGCACUCAAUACGUCGCAAUAGUCGAAUCAACAAUCGGCGACGGCUACACAGGCGUCUACAUAACAGAAGACCCAGUAGUACGAACCUACACAAAGGUAAUAACACCAACAGUCAGCAACCCAACCGUCCUCAGCACAAUCACAUCAACGGAAACAUACUACAACGGCGAUAUCACCGCCGUCCAACUAGUCGUGGAACCAACCGCCGGCGUCCAGAACACAGGCUACAACUACGUCGGUCACUACGCAUCAGUGACAUAUACAGCGCCUUCAUCCUGCUUAUACACUACAAGCCAGAGCCUCAUAACCGCCAUCCCCAUCAAUGUCCCACUCGAUGCUGAGGACCUCUUCACUCCGAGCAUGAAGACCAGUACUAUCACCUACAAAUACAACACAUACCGAUACACGCAGACCAUGGCUUUCCUGGAUAUCGAGGAAAUCCCAAAAAGCAUCUUUUCUUCCGCUAGUUCGCUUUACAAGCCUUCCAUGUACAAGACUUGCAAUAGCUACUACAGCACAGGAAGGACGACGUACUACAGCGGCGAUGAUGACGAUGACGACUCGAGGUCCUAUACCGGCUGCAGCAAAUUCAUCUACUACCUCGGCAGCUCCGAGUUAGGAGGUGGAUACUGCUGCUCAGAUGGAUGCCAUUAUACAUGGGGAGUAACACCAUGGGGUCUAGGCCUCGCAAUCUUCUUCGGCUGGUUCUGUCUCUUCCUGGUAAUCGGCUUGAUCGAGAGCUGGUUCAUAUUCCGCAGAGCUAUGCUCGGCAGGAAAUCUCGACGUGGUCUCCCCUACGGAUUCGCCCUCCUUUGUCCGAUUUUAUCAUGUUUGCUCCUCAUCACUGUCAAAAAAUAUCCCGCAAAAACACCCGAGGAGCAGGCUGUCCUCGUUGCAAGAUGGAAGGGUAUGUCUGGUGGACAGAAGUUGGGAUGGUGGUUGAAGUACCUGUUCCGUCGGAGGGAUCCUGCUGCUGUUGCUCUUGCUCGCCCCAGUCCGGGCCCUGUUGUUGCUCCUUAUCCCCCUGGCCCUGGUCCUUGGUAUCCGCCUCCAGGCGCUGCCGCUCCUGGCGUGCCUCCCAUGGUGGCUUAUCCUUCUUAUCCCCUGCAUGGGUAUCCACCUCAUGGCUAUCCUCCUUCGCAGGGAUACCCGUCUCCGCUGCCUGCGGAGGCGGAUGCUACUUCUACUUCGCAACCUAAAACGGUGUCUGUAAGCGAGACUGAACGCACUGAGCGCACUUGA